AUGAAUCGUUAGAGAAUAAAAGAGAUGAGUCUCUUACUGUUCUCAAUAGUUUUAUUGAAAUAAGCCUAAUCAGCAAGUACUUGCAGUUCAGGGGAGUACCACGACGGCACUCAAUGUUUACCAUGCACUCCUGCUGGUAAGAUCUAUUAAAAGUAAUAAUUUCAGGAUAUGCUUGUUCUUCUUCAAGCUCGGUUCCAACUAUUUGUUUGCCAGGAACUUAUUCUCCCUAGGGUUCAACAACAUGCCUGUCCUGUUCUGCUGGAUACUAUUGCCCAAGAAGAGGAGACUCUAAUCAAGUUGAAUGCGAUCAUGGAUAUUACUCUUCAUCAGGAGCUAGGUAAAGAUUAUAUCUUAAGAUUGUCUAGCUAUUGCGAACCUUGCCCCAGAGGCUAUAUGUGUACUACAAAAUCAAAAGAAAAAUGUCCAACUGGGUCCUACAACUAUGGAAAAAAUCCUGGGUGCACUUCAUGUUCUGCAGGUAUGUUUUGUCACGAAUCCUUAAAUGAACGAAUAACUUGCCCAAUCGGUUAUUACUCUCUUCUAGAAGCGAUGUAAUUAUAUUGUAUUUCUAACGAUUAUAGCGAUUGCACUCGUUGUCCGGCAGGUUCAAAAUGCCCAACUAAGAAUGCAUCACCAAUCUCAUGUGAUGAUGGUCAAUACUCAACUUCAGGGUCAACUACUUGCAAUGAUUGUCCUAAAGGAUUUUCAUGUCCCACUAAAAUAUCAUUACCUUAAGCUUGCCCAGCUGGAACAUAUUCUGAUGGUAAAUAAACUAGUUGCACUCAAUGUCCAGGAGGUUAUGAGUGCUCUUUAACAACAGACUCAAAUCAGAUAAAAGAAUGCCAGCCUGGAUUUUAUGCACUUCCUGGAUCAAGUACAUGCCUUGCUUGUCCAGCAGGUUAUGAAUGCAUCAAUAAGGGAUAGAGCCCAACAUAAUGUCCCCCUGGCUUUUAUAGACUUGCCAGUUCUACUAGUGGGUGCAUUUAAAGUCCAGCAGGAAAAGCCUUAAAAUCUCAAAAAUAAGAACCAUUAGAUUGUCCAAAAGGAUACUAUUCUAACCCAGGAGAUGCAUCAUGCACUUUGUGCCCAGCAGGAAGUUACUGUCCCGACACAGCUACUAAGGUAUCUUGUUCAACUACUGGCACAAACUGUUUGGCUGGAUCUACGGCACAGGAGGUAUGUCCGAGUAAGUAUGGAUGCUCAUCCAUAAGUUCUAUACCUAUAAUUUGUCAAAGUGGUUAUUAUGCUGAUGAAUCUACGAAGCAAUGUGUUAUUUGCCCUGCUGGCUUUGAUUGUAGUAUUUCAUCCACUAAAACGUUAGCUUAAAAUGGCUUCUACUCUCCAUCUGGAUCAAUCUAAUCGUUUGUUUGCCCAGCUGGCUACAAAUGCGUUUUUUCUGAUUUAACUGGAGCAUUUGAGAAGACACAUUGUAGUGAUGGCUAGUACUCUGAUGAGGGCUCAGGUAUUUGCACAGAUUGUGAGUAAGGAUUUGCUUGUCCAAGCAAAGAAAGUUCCUAGAUGAGAAUCGAUUGCUCGAAGUUUAAAGGACUUUAUGGAGAGACUACUAAGCUAUAAAAAUGUUCUGUCUGUCCCUCUGGCUACUACUGUCCCUACGGCUCAUCAUUAAAAAUUCAAUGUGAUUCUGGAUAUUUUUCUCAGUAAGGAGCUGAUAAAUGUUUCCAAUGUCCUCCUGGCUAUGAAUGCCCUAAUAGAGAUCAAAAUAGUAUAGCACCUUGCAAACUUGGAACCUUUUCUACUGGAGCUAAACAACAUUGUGAUAUAUGUCCAGCCGGAUACUCAUGCUCAAGUGAACAGAUGUUCAAAUGUCCUGCAUAUUAAACCUCUGAAGCUGGAGAUGGAUUCUGCAGUUACUUCAUUGCACCAGUUAAGAGUGCAUCAAUAACAAACAAUAUAGUCACAUAUUUGUAAUGUGAUGACGGUCAAUUUAAGCUUUUCGGCACUUUGGGCUGUAUUGAUUGUCCAAAGGGUCAUUACUGCCCUAAUAAAGGAAUUGCCCCAGUAAAGUGUCAGCCAGGGACUUUUUAAGAUUAAGAAAAAUAAACAGAAUGCAAAAUUUGUCCUACCCUAGAUAAUGAGGAAACUAAAUAAUUCUAUAGUUCAUUUGGGGAAUACUAAUGCCAUAUAUGUCCUGCAGGUCAUUACUGUACUAAUUCCACUUCAAUGCCCAAACAGUGCCAACUUGGCUUUUAUUCAAAGAAAGGUUCAACUGAAUGUACAUAUUGUAGUGAUGGAUAUGUUUGCAGAUUUAAAGAAUAGGAAGCUGAGCCUAUGUACUCUUUAUGUCCUGCUGGCUUUUACUGUAAAGCUGAUUUAGCAAAUGAUGGAAGACUACUGCAAAGAGCAUGUCCUGCAGGCUCUUAUCAACCAUAUAGAGGCAAGACAUCCUCAGAAGAUUGCUUAUCCUGUCCAAAGGGUUAUUAUUGUCCAGCAGGUUCAGAGACACCCAGAAAUUGUACUCCUGGAUCCUAUUGUAUCGAUUAAACUGAACAUAAUUAGGUUUAUUAGUGCUCAAAUGGCAAAUAUGGAACUGUAUUUAUGGGUACAAGUGAAAAUGUUUGCAAUGCGUGCCCAGAAGGAUAUUUCUGCCCUAAAGGAUCUGUUCAGCCAGUAAAGUGUCCAACAGGCUUUUUCUGCUAGGAAAAUUAAGAAUCUGGAAUGGCUAAUCCCUGCCCAAGUGGCACAUAUUCAGGCCCAUUCUCAUUAACUAGUAGAGAUCAAUGCCAAACUUGUCCUACUGGCUACUACUGCCCAACUGCAUCAACUUUGCCUAAAGCUUGUCCCACUGGAACUUAUAAUCCAAGCACUGGAUAAGGAAGCAUUUCUGAUUGUCUUAGUUGCCCUGAGAGAAGACCUUGUCCAUUUUACGGAUUGAGCACUUUUGAUCUUGGACUCUAUUGUGCUCAUGGCCAUUAUUGUCCAGCAAAAACUAGUUUUCCAAAUCAAUUCCCUUGCCCUGCAGGAAAGUAUUCGGAUGAUAUAAACAUCACUAGUUCCUCUCAAUGCUUGAUUUGCCCAGAGAAAUUCGCUUGUUAUGAGGGAACUAAUACCCUUACAAGACCAAAAGUUCCAUGCGCUCCUGGCUAUUAUUGCCCUUCUGGAACUGAGAAGCCAACAUAAUAUUUAAAUUAAUUGCUGAUAUAUCCAGAAACUAAAAGAGUAUAAGAGCGAGAUUGA